CAGUGGGCGCUCGGCGCCUCUUUUUCGGAGGAGGUCUUACUUCCCCUUAAGGACAGUCAGUGUCAGGCUACCUCCCAUGCAGGAGGCUCUCUCCGCCCGUCACUUCACACUCGGCUGAGCCACUUCGGGCUCCGCAUGUCAGAUGCCUGGCAUUUGGCGGAACCUCAGCCCGGAAUGGGUCCGGAGCGCGAUGCUGAAAGCCGUCAGUCCACGGAGCCCUGCGCUCGCCGGAUGGGAUGAAAGCGGUCGGCGCGGUCUCUUUAUCACGGUCCGGCUUCACUUAAGCCUUCAUUAAACUGAACGUAAAUGUACAUAAAUCUAAGCAACAGUGUUAUAAGAAAUCGGCAUCCUGUAUUCGCCUUUUUUCACGUGGAGACCCUACGCCGUAGUGAAUGACACCCUGUUAAACACCGGGAAAUUACAAGCUCAUUAUUGAACAAGACUGAUACCAUCAGCGACCGAAAUAUUAAGCGCGAAAUUAAUAAUAAUUUUAAUUCCGUGUUUUAUAUUUUUAGGGGGUGGUUGUUUUUUUAUUUUUUUAUUUUUUGGUAAUCGAGGAUUUCCAUACACGCCGGUAACCUCGCGUCAUGAGUAGUAGUGCAGUGCCCUAUCAACACAGCCCCAUGGGAAGUAGGCGUGGUUCCACGGUCAUCCACUGCUUCCGCUGCCAGGAGGUCUGCAGGGGUGAGGUGGUCCGGGUCCAAAACACCCAUUUCCACAUCAAGUGUUUCACCUGCCACGUUUGCCGCUGCGACCUGGCCCGCUCCGGGUUCUUCCAGAAGAACGGCGAGUACAUCUGCACGGUGGACUACCAGCGCCUCUACGGCACCAAGUGCGACAGCUGCGGUGACUUCAUCACGGGCGAGGUGGUCUCCGCGCUCGGGCGCGCCUACCAUCCCGCCUGCUUCGUCUGCAGCGCCUGCAGGUACACCUCCAUUGACCUUUCACCUUUCACACCCUCCACUCCUUGCACAGGAUUAGCUGAAGCACAAGAUGACGUGUUUAAACAACAGCACAGCUACAUCAAUAGUCAAGGCGCCACAUGUAACCGUCCUUCCUCACGCUUCCUAGAUUGCGCCGGCUGUAAGGAGGAGAUCAAGCAGGGACAGUCGCUACUGGCCUUGGAGAAGCAGUGGCACGUCAGCUGUUUCAAGUGCCAGUCCUGCGGGGUCGUGCUUACUGGGGAGUACAUCAGCAAGGACGGCAUUCCGUACUGCGAGGCGGAUUACCACGCGCAGUUUGGAAUCAAAUGCAGCAGCUGCAGCAGAUAUAUCAGCGGACGAGUGCUCGAGGCCGGAGGGAAGCACUAUCACCCCAGCUGUGCGCGAUGUGCCCGGUGCCAGAUGAUGUUCACGGAAGGAGAGGAGAUGUACCUGAGAGGCUCGGAGGUGUGGCAUCCACUGUGCAAACAGGCUGCCAACGCGGAGAAGAAGCUGAAGCAGAGACGCGCCUCUGACGUCUCCAUCUCACCGCCAGGCUCCAGCAUCAGCUCCCCGAGCCGGGCCAUCUGUGCCAAACUGGAAAAUGAGAUCUUUAAGUACAAAGACUAUGAUGCUCUGUCUAAGGUUAAGCCUCUGUAUGACGGCCGGAGGCCCAGUCUCACGUCCUAUGAGCCCUUUCACAGAUACGCCUCCAAUGACAGACUGGAGCGUUACAGCUACGGGGAGCCUCUGGGGAUGCUGUCUCCAUACUCUCAGGAAAUUUAUGACAGUAUGGACCUGCGACAUCGGCGAUCCUCCACCCCAGGGUACAUUGACUCCCCCAUGUAUAGUCGCCAGGGGUUGUCCCCCACACUUCCCCGCUCCCCUCAAAACUGUUACCGCAUGGGUAAUGAGAGCGGAAGGAGUUCUCCUUAUUACGGCCACAUCGACGCCAGGGCCCGCACUCCGACUUCGUACCAGACGCCCAGGCAUUUCCACGUGCCAGCCACUGGGGAGACCAACAUCUACAGGAACCCUCCUAUCUAUAAGAGACAUGGUACGGUAAAGACCGCGUCCAGGACCCAGGCCGGCGAAGACGCCCUCCAACCUUCCGAGUUCCCCUCACCUUACUAUCCUGACCUCUACCAUCCCCCCGAAUCCAGUUACUACUUUACAGACUCUCCCAAAGCCCCUCGCGCCCGGAGAUUUUCGUCUGGAGGGGAGGACGAGAGCUGGAAUCACAGCCUGAACAGGAUCCAGGGUGGAAUUGGCAGGAUGAUCCUGAAGGAGGAGAUGAAAGCCAGAACAAGUUCCUAUGACAACGACCCCUGGAAUAAUGCGCGCAGUUCCCGGAGCAGCAGCAAGGAGACGCUACACAGUAUGGGCUACAACUACACCAUGAAUGGCUCUCCGCGCUCACGCUACAGCAUGGACAGCGGCUCCUACGUCUCAAAGUCGGCAUCGUUACCAGGAUAUGGCCGGAACGGGCUGCACAGGCCUCACAGUGCGGAUUUCUUUGAGCACAGCAGUGGCGACACAGAGAGCUGGGGAUUCCGAGAUUACAGGAUUUAUCCUUACAAAGCGCUGGUAGUGACCGCUAGGGGGCAGAACAGACUGCCGAAUGAUGUAGACAGGGCAAGGUUAGAGCGUCAUUUAUCACCUGAGGAAUUUUACCAAGUGUUUGGCAUGACGGUGGUGGAGUUCGAGCAGCUGGCCCUGUGGAAACGGAACGAGCUGAAGAAGCAGGCGAGACUCUUUUAGCACAGGUGGAGAGUAGCUCAGAGAAAUGGAGCAGGCCUGGACUCACGGCUUGUCCCGGCUGAGGGAACGGCGCCGUAUCAAGGUCCGUAAAACAUCCCGACGCGGCCGCACAGGAAAACCAGACGGCCGCUCACGAAGAGAGAGAAGGCGGCCCGAGACGGAGGUGCCGUCCCCUUCCAUCGGAUCGACUGCCACCCGCUUCUCCUUUUCUCAAUCUUCUAUCCAGUCUUCUACUCUUCGACCGCUGCAGUGACGUUUCACUAGUUUUAUGCAGAAACUGGAUUUGCCUUAUUUUAGGACAGUGAAGGACAUACCAGCAAAAGGUGAAUGUUUAUGUUAUAUGAGCCAUAUCAAAAUGUUGGAGCUGAUGAUUCCUCCUAACGAAGUACAUUUAUAAGCGACAUCACCGAGACAUUUUCUCAUUUGUGGGAAAAAAAGACAACAAUGUCUUAAUUAAUACAAGGAGUGCUAGAGACAUAUUUUAUCAUUGGAAUAAUAAAUUUGUGCUUUAAACAUGUACUUCCCUCAGUAAAAAUGUUUUGAUUUGUAUAACAAUCAAGAUGAAAAAUGCAUCAUGGAAAAUUUAUUUUCGAAGCAUCACUUGGUGAAUGUGAGUGUGUCAACCAUUGUUUAGAUUUUGUUAUUUUUCAGUAUUAUUCCUUUAAUUCUUAAAUUAAGUGAAUGUAUGUUGAACUGUGUGAAACUAUUGGGGACAUAAUCAUUUCAUCUGGCAUAAUUUUAACACUGUGCUCAGUAUAACGUAUGACUGGAUUUUAUUGAUCUUUUCAUGCUUUUUAGCACACAAAGAAUGGAAAUGAAGCUUCAUUUAAUAUAUACUUAUUUAUUUAAGCUUUCUUAUAAAUUAAUCUGGAUUUUUAUUCACCCAUUACUCUGUCAUCAUGCCCACGAAUUGCAAUAAUAAGGCUCAUCACACCUAAUGACUCUAAUAAAACAUUAUGCACCUAAGAUUUAAAUUUUUUUCUAAAUUGAUUUAUUUACAUUUUUUUUUACUCUGCUUAUUGCAUGUUCACUUUUUAUCUUGCAUUUAAUUUAAAUUUUUCCUGCAUCAUGAAAUGAGAAAAUAUAUGAUUACAUUUUCGGGCAAGAAAAAUGAGAAAUAUGAAAUGCUUUUCUGAAUGCCUUUAUCGGGUGAUUUUAUGGUGUUGAAUAAUGUCAGAGGUAAUUAAACUUUUGUGUAUAAGAACAUCUUUAGCUAUAUUCUUAGCUAACACUAAAGUAAUUCAGCAAACUUUAUACUGCUUAAUAGCAAACGUGUUUGUUGACAUGCUUAGGCCCUGAAUAAUUACUCUAUAAUCGGCUGGAAACAAUUGACUCACUGAUUUUUUUUCUUUUUUCAUUUAGUUCUUAGCAUUGUUACAGAGAGCUUUUUAAACGCAAACAGGGGUCAGAGUUGGCCCUUUUGUACUCUUCCACAAUCGUUACUUUCUUCCAUUUACGUUUUUGUAUCUGAAUGCAGAAAUCUGACUCUACUUAAUAUGUCAGAAGUAUUAGUCACACACUUAUGUGUUAUUUCCAAUAAAAAAGCUUUUCAUGCCUAA